AUGGCUUUAGAUAAAUUAGAUUUUAUUGUUUUAGGAACCUUAUUAUUGGCCGUUGUUGCUUAUUUCGGUAAAGAUUUCAUCUUUGCUGGUAAAGAAGAUGGUACAUCAGCAGGUUUCACUAUUUCCAAUGUUGGAGGUAAAUCAAGAAAUAUAGUUGAAACUCUAAAGAAAAAUAAUAAAAAUUGUAUUAUCUUAUAUGGAUCUCAAACUGGUACUGCUGAAGAUUAUUCUAAUAAACUUUCAAAGGAUUUAAGUAGUAGAUUUGGUCUUAAAAUUUUAGUUGGAGAUUUAUCAGAUUUCGAUUAUGAAAAUUUGAAUGAAGUUCCUGAAGAUGUUUUAGUUUUCUUUGUUUUAGCUACUUACGGUGAAGGUGAACCAACUGAUGAUGCUGUUGAAUUUUUUGAUUAUUUGGAAAAUGAAGCUGAUGAUUUAUCAAAUUUGAAAUAUAGUAUUUUCGGUUUAGGUAAUACUACUUACGAAUUUUAUAAUGAAAUGGCUAAAAAAUGUGAAACCAAAUUAACUGAAUUUAAUGCUGAAAGUUUUGCUCCAAUGGGAUUAGGUGAUGAUGGUGUUGGUACUUUAGAUGAAGAUUUCUUGAAAUGGAAAGAUGAUGUUAUUGAAAAUUUAAGAAAUAAUCUUAAUUUUGAAGAACAUGAAAUGAAAUUCGAACCAAGUUUCGAAUUAACUGAAGAUUUGACUUUAACUUUUGAUGAUGAAAAUGUUUCGUUAGGUGAACCUGAUAAAUCUUAUUUAGAUUCUUCAAAAGAUUUAACCAAAGGUCCUUUCAAUCAUUCUCAUCCUUACCUUGCUCCAAUCACUUUAACUAAAGAAAUUUUUAACUCAAAAGAAAGAUUUUGUGUUCAUGCUGAAUUUGAUUUAUCAAAUACUAACUUAAGAUAUACUACAGGUGAUCAUUUAGCUGUUUGGCCAUCAAAUUCCAAUUAUAACAUUGAUAAUUUUGUUAAAUGUUUCGGAUUAGAAGGAAAAUUAGAUUAUAUUUUCCAUUUAAAAGCCUUAGAUUCAACUGUUUCAAUUCCUUUCCCUUCACCAACUACUUAUGGUGCCGUUUUAAGACAUUAUUUAGAAAUUAGUGGACCAAUUUCUAGACAAUUCUUCUCAAGUAUUGCAUCAUUUGCUCCUACUGAAGAAAUUAAAGCUUAUGCUAUGAAAUUAGGUAACGAUAAAAACUUAUUCGCUAAAGAAAUUCAUCAUUAUAAAUAUAAUAUUGCUGAUGCUUUAUUAAAAAUUUCUGGUGGUAAAGUUUGGGAUAAAGUACCAUUUGUUUUCAUUAUUGAAAGUAUUAGUCAUUUACAACCAAGAUAUUAUUCAAUUUCUUCAAGUUCAUUACUGGAAAAGACUUCUAUUCAUAUUACAGCUGUUGUUGAAUCCGAAUCAUUGGAAAAUAGAUUAAUUACUGGGGUUACCACCAAUUUAUUAAAAUUCAUUGAAAUUGAACAAAACAAUAAAACUGAAAAACCAAUUGUUACUUAUGAUUUGAAUGGUCCAAGAGAUAAAUAUUCUAAAUUCAAAUUACCAGUUCAUGUUAGAAGAUCAACUUUCAAAUUACCAUCUAAUCCAAAAACUCCUGUUAUUUGUAUUGGUCCAGGUACUGGUGUUGCCCCAUUUAGAGGUUUUAUUAGAGAAAGAGUGGCUAUCAAAAAAUCUUCAAAUGUUGAAUUAGGUAAAACCUUAUUAUUCUAUGGAUGUAGAAAUUCAAAGGAAGAUUUCUUAUAUAAAGAAGAAUGGCCAGAAUAUUCAAAAUCAUUAGGUGAUUCCUUUGAAUUAUUCACUGCUUUUUCAAGAGAAACUAAAGAAAAAGUUUAUGUUCAAGAUAGAAUCUUGGAAAAUUCUAAAACCAUUGCUCAAUUAAUAAAAGAUGGAGCUUUCAUUUAUGUAUGUGGAGAUGCUUCAAGAAUGGCUAGAGAUGUUCAAAAAUCUAUCGCUACUAUUAUUGCUAAUGAUAGGGAUAUUCCAAUUGAAAGAGCUGCUGAUAUUGUCAGAAGUCUUAAAACUCAAAAUAGAUAUCAAGAGGAUGUUUGGUAA